AAUGGCAUAAAAUACAACAAGUGGACCUAUGUAAAAAUACAAAAUAGUUUUUCUUGGAGAACAAGCUGUUGGAAAAACAUCAAUUAUUAAUAGAUUUAUUUUUGACAACUUCACUGGUAAUGAAUAGGUAUAAUCAUAAAUUCAAACUAAAUAAAGCCCACUGUUGGUAUUGAUUUCAUUUCCAAGACUCUUUAAGUUGAUAAUAAAUCUGUUAGACUUUAACUAUGGGAUACAGCUGGAUAAGAAAGAUUUAGAUCACUCAUACCUAGUUACAUUAGAGAUUCAUAAGCAGCCAUCAUUUGUUAUGAUAUUACAAGUAUUAAACCUUAAAUUUAACUAAGAUGAGAAAUCUUUCCAAAACCUACCAAGAUGGAUUGAAGAUGUUAAAGAAGAAAGAGGAGAUGAAGUCUUAAUAUACAUAUUGGGUAAUAAAAUUGAUUUGGAAUCUGAAAGAUUAAUCUCUACUAAACAAGCUGAAGACAAAGCAAAAGUAUUUUGACUUUUUAUUUUAAUAUAAUAGGAAUUAGGUGCUUAGUUUUAAGAAGUUUCUGCUAAGAAUGCAACUAAUGUAGCUGAAUUUUUUAAAAAACUUUCCUAUGAGUUGUUAGGCAAUCCUGCUGAGCAAUCUCAAAAUUAAUAAUAAUAAUAACAAUAGCCUGUAUAAAUAAAUUUUAUUUUUAGAAAACAUAACAACCAUAAAUUUAGUUAUAGAACUAACCUAGAAUUCAAGAUAAUGAGGAUAAAAAAUAAGGAGGAGGAUGUUGCUGAAC